AUGUUCAGUGAUGUUGAUUAUGUUUCCCAGUUCAGGAGAGGAUUAGAGGAAGCUACCAAGCUUCUUCCUUCUGGCCCUAAGUUUAUAAUUGGUCUUCAUUCAAACGAUGUUAUAGAUCGGGUGUUUCUGAGUGUGGAAAACCUGGGUAAUGAACACAAUUCCUUACAGAGUGGAGUAGUGAAAGGUGAGGAGCGAGAUGGAGGGAAGGACCGAUCAAAGAAGAAAGGGAGGAAGAAGGAAACUGUGGAUUUGAGGAAUCUUCUAUUGAUGUAUGCCAAUGACAUUAGAGUUGCCACCGAAUUACUAAUGCAAAUUCGGCAACACUCUUCUCCCUUUGGAGAUGCAUCGCAGAAGGUAGCUCACUACUUCGUUAAUGGUCUUGAUGCACGCUUGGUUGGGGCUAGUUCUGGCGGUCAUGAACAAUUUUCUUUCCUGAACUCUCAGAGGAUUACUGCUACAGAGUACCUGAAGGCAUAUCAAGUGUUUCUAUCUUCCACCCCUUUCAAAAAGUUUACAUAUUUCUUUGCAAACACAAUGAUUAUGGAAGCUGCUGCAAAAUCAGAAAUCGUCCAUAUCAUUGAUUUUGGCAUCCUAUAUGGUUUCUUGUGGCCAAUUCUUAUAAAGUUUUUAUCAAAUAGAGAGGGUGGUCCUCCCAAGCUGAGGAUCAUAGGGAUAGAGUUUCCCCAACCAGGAUUUCGUCCCUCUGAAAGGAUUGAGGAGACGGGUCACCGUCUUGCUAACUAUUGUAAGCGUUACAAUGUUCCCUUUGAAUAUCAUGUCGUAGUAUCAAGGAACACUAGACCUCAACUUCUCCCAAUUCGAUUUUGA